AUGCCUACUGGCUCAAUCAGCUUAAAAAGUAAAGAGGGAAAGCCCCAAACAUUUCCAAACUCUUUGCUGCUGCUAUUUGCAUGCGCUAGAUCUCAAGGGCCCCCCAGGUGGCCCCCCGGAGUUUCUUUCUUGGGGGCCCCCCUUUGUUGGGUCUUUUGGGGGGCCCCCCGAAUAGGGGGCCCCUGGUGA